ACCGGCGGCAGCAAUGGAGCCAUCGCCAAAGAAAAUGAAGCAAUUUGUCGCUAAGUUAUUGGAGAGUACUAACGAAGGGACUCUGACGCACAAGAUCAUUCGUCAGAAGUUUGCUGACCACCUCGGUACUGAUGAAAGCAGUAUAAGCAGUGAUAUCAGAAAGCAACUCAAAGCUAUAGUAUCUGCAGUCAUGAUGCCAGCAACAAAGGUUGAGGCUGUCAAAGAAUCAGCGAAUUCUAAUACAUUAGAGAGUGAGAGCAAUCAAGAACAAAAAGUACAACAUUUGCAUGAUAAAAGUCGUGACACAGCUGGAUAUUCUGAUGAUUUAAAAGUCAAGUCUGUUGCUGCCCAAAAGAAGAAGAAACGCCCAAGAAUGCAAAGUAGUGAUUCUGAUGGAAACAGUGGAGAUGAUGGAGCAAAAAUUCAAACAAUGACUGAUUUACUACAUGUCAAUAGCAAUGAUAAUGAGAAUAAUGAGUACAAUGUAAGAAAUGACAAAACAAAUGUACAGACGACUGUAGAGACAACUGAUGAAGGCGUUGUUGAUGUAAAAGGAACAAAACAGAAUGAGGUGGACAAUAAAUCAAAAGCAAUACGUUUGAGUUCUCGUGAACGUCUCAACAGCCAAUCACACGAUGAGAAACAAGAACUAGCAGUCACUUCAAGUGAAGAUGAUGACAGUGAUGUAUCAGCCAAGAAACCAUUUGCUGUCUUAAAGUUGGUCAAAUGUAGUGCAAAGGCAAAGAGUGCUAGCGAACUGUCAGAUUUAGAUGAAAGAGAAGCAUCUGACUGUACCACCAGUUUUGCCCCAGCAAAUCAAAGUAAUGAGAAACGACCUUCAACAUCGCAAAAAUCUGCUAAACACAAGUCUCAUGAUGUACGAGUAUCUGAUGAAGGUGAUAAUGAUGAGGAUGAAGAUGAUGAUGAUGAUGAUACUGAAGAUGUUGGAGAUGCGAAUGAUACAUCUAGCUCUGACAGCGAAAGCAAACUUACAAAGAGAACACAAAAAGCACACGACAGUUCUGGGGACUCUGAUUCCGACGAGCAUACACAGGCAGCGUCGAGAAAACGAGCUAAGAAGCCACUAGCUUCUAAACAGAAGAAAAGUAAAUUAGAUGAAGACAAAGUAAGCAAGAAGGAAAGACAUUCAGGAAAAUCAUCUGCGAAGAGUGAAGAUAGCAGAGCGGUUACACGUCUCAAACGGCUGAUUGCUGCUGCAGGGAUGAAAAGACCGUAUGUCAGAUUGUUAGCAGAUUGCAAGUCGGAGGCAGCUAAAGUUCGAGUGUUGAAAGGUCUUUUGGAGAAAGCUGGAUUAGAAGGAAAGCCGACGCUGGAAAACUGCAAGAAAUUGAAGCUGAAACGAGAAGAGGCAGCGGAACUGGCUGAUCUUGAUCCAACCAACAUAAUCACAUCAACAGGGUCUUCUCGCUCCAGAAGAACGAGUUGGUAUGAUUCGGGUCGGGAAGCAGAGAGUAGCUCAGCAUCAAGUCAGAAAAUGUCAAAACGUCGGUUUGCUUUUAUUAUAUCAUCAGAUGAGUCAGACUCUGACUGAGUAAGAAUAUACACUUCUGACUGUGUGCGUUAACUCUGUGUGCAUGCAGUGAAAUAGUAUUAAUUAAGUUGGAGAGCAAUCAUGUUUGUGCUUACAAAUUUUAUCUACCACUACUGUAGAGCCAGUCUAUUGACUGAUACUUGUUUGACUUUCUUUUUAUGUUGUCAGAAUGUGUGAAUAGUUAGUUAUAUGUGUGCAUAUUAGAUACAAUGUGUGUUUACAGCUACAGAGAUUACAGUUGCCAAACUGUCAAAUCUUGCCUUGGUUUCUAAGCAAAGAACACGAUUUUCAGCUGUGUGUGUGU